UAAAGAAACAUUGGUCGGCUUUUGMUUGACGUCACGCCGAUGCGAAAAAACAUGGCGGCCGUGGAUUCAACACGAGGAUUUCUCCGUUUUUGAACCUUUUAAUCACAACAACCGCACAAGGUAAUUUUCCKAGCUUGAGUUUACGAACGGAUAAAAGGGAAAUGGAGGACGUGUCGUCGCUGGGUUUGUCAGACUGGUUGGUUCAACAGUGUAAACACCUGGGGAUCAACAAACCCACUCCUGUCCAGGAAAACUGUGUCCCUGCCAUACUCGAAGGUCGGGACUGCAUGGGUUGUGCCAAGACCGGAAGUGGGAAAACGGCAGCGUUUGUCUUACCUGUGCUGCAGAAACUGUCCGAGGAGCCGUACGGCAUCUUCUGCCUGGUCCUGACCCCUACCAGACAUGAUCAGCCAGGCCCAGGAGCUCUCCAACCAGCCUCACGUCGUCGUAGCAACUCCAGGCCGUCUGGCCGAUCACAUCCGCAGCUCCAACACCUUCAGCAUGGCCAUGAUCAAAUUCUUGAUUUUAGACGAAGCGGACAGGCUGUUGGAGCAGGGCUGCACCGACUUCACCAAAGACCUGGAGGUGAUCAUGAGCGUCUUACCGGCCAAACGGCAGACGCUGCUGUUCAGCGCCACGCUAACGGACACCCUGCAGGAACUGAAGAGCAUCGCCCUGAACAAGCCUUUCUUCUGGGAGAGCACGUCAGAAACGCGGACCGUGGAGGAUCUGGACCAGAGAUACAUCCUGACACCGGAGAAGGUGAAGGAUGCCUACCUGGUGCACCUGAUCCAGACGUUUGUCGAUGAACAUGACGACUGGUCCGUCAUCAUCUUUACCAACACGUGCAA